AUGGUCGUCGCGGCGGCCGCGCCUCUUGCAAUCGCUCCCAAGAUCCAGUGGGCUGGACUCGCAAACGAUGUCAGUGUCUUCGGCUCUACAUACACCUCAUCCCAACAAGACUUCAAUCUAUUUUGCAUCGCGAUUGCCUGGCAACACGCGCAAACCGAACCCGGCAAGGUGUUGAACGAGACCAACAUGCACACAUUGACAAGCUCGUCGACGCAAUUACCGGGGGAUGGCGGCAAGGCCAUCAUCGACAUUCAUAAUUACGCGCGAUGGUACUGCGCAAUCACCGGCCAGCCGGGAAACUCCUUCCAGAAUCCCAACAUCACCGUGACGAAUGCCCAUUUCACAGAAUUGUGGGUGAAGCUCGCGACAAGAUACGGCUACAAUCCCAACGUCAUUUCCAGCUGA